CUUAUGAAAUAUGGCGUCUUCUUAAACGAAAUCGUGUUUUCUGUUGAUAGCCAGGCAACCAGGAUGGCAAGUGAUUCUACUGAGAAGAAGGACGCUGAGUCCUCGGGGACCAAGGAAAGAGAAAGGAAACGAAGUCGAUCAAGAGAACGAGAUCGUAAAAGUUCCCCUUCACGAAAGCGUCAUCGAUCCCGGGAACGAAACCGCUCCAAAUCUGCAGAAAGAGAUCGACGCACUAAAGACAAAGAGAGGGACAAAGAGCGUGACAGAGACAAGGACAGAGAACGGAGCCGCAAGGACAGAGAUAAAGAUGGACAUAGACACAAGGAUCACAGCAAGAAGUCAAGAAGUAUAUCACCAAAAUCAAAGGAUGCCAAAAUAAAGAGGGAGAAGGAUAUUAAACUAGAAGAAGAGGAAGAAGAGAGGAAAAAGAAAGAAAAGGUUCAACCGCUGUCCCUGGAAGAGCUUCUUGCCAAGAAAAAGGCAGAGGAGGAAGCUGAGGCCAAGCCCAAGUUUUUGUCUAAGGCUGAGCGAGAGGCCGAGGCGAUAAAACGAAGAGAGCAGCAGACAGAGGAGAGAAAGAAGAUGAUUGAAGAGGAGAGGAAGAAGAGAAGGGUGUUUCAAGAGAUUGGAAGAAAAAUGCUUGAGGACCCCCAAGAAAGGGACAGGCGAGAGCGAAGAGAACGGAUGGAGCGAGAGAGCAAUGGGAAUGAAGAGGAUGAUGGACGACAAAAGAUAAGAGAGGAAAAAGAUAAAACCAAAGAACUUCAAGCCAUCAAGGAGCGCUACCUUGGUGGGAUCAAGAAACGUCGGCGAACACGUCACCUGAAUGACAGGAAAUUUGUCUUUGAGUGGGAUGCCUCUGAAGACACUUCAAUUGACUACAACCCAAUUUACAAAGAAAAGCAUCAGGUGCAGCUAUAUGGCCGAGGCUUCAUUGCUGGCAUUGACCUGAAGCAACAAAAAAGAGAGCAGUCUCGUUUUUAUGGUGACCUGAUGGAGAAGAGACGCACCAUUGAGGAGAAGGAGCAAGAGGAGACAAGACUGAAGAAGGUGCGCAAGAAGGAGGCCAAGCAGCGUUGGGAUGACAGACACUGGUCUCAGAAGAAACUGGACGAAAUGACGGACAGGGAUUGGCGUAUCUUCAGGGAGGACUACAGCAUUACCACCAAGGGAGGCAAGAUCCCCAAUCCAAUCAGGAACUGGAAGGAGUACACAUUGCCCCCACACAUUCUGGAGGUCAUCGACAAGUGUGGCUACAAGGAUCCCACACCUAUCCAGAGACAGGCCAUUCCCAUUGGCUUACAGAAUCGUGACAUUAUUGGCGUAGCUGAGACGGGUAGUGGUAAAACAGCUGCUUUCCUCAUUCCUCUGCUUGUGUGGAUUACCACCCUACCAAAGAUCGACAGAAUUGAAGACUCUGACCAGGGUCCGUAUGCUGUGAUCCUGGCCCCCACUCGUGAGUUGGCCCAGCAGAUCGAAGAGGAGACCAUUAAGUUUGGUAAACCUCUUGGUAUCCGCACAGUGGCUGUGAUUGGAGGAAUCUCAAGAGAAGAUCAGGGCUUCCGACUCAGGAUGGGUUGUGAGAUUGUGAUUGCCACCCCUGGUCGUCUGAUUGACGUGUUGGAGAACCGCUACUUGGUCCUGGGCCGCUGCACAUAUGUGGUCCUUGAUGAGGCUGAUCGUAUGAUUGACAUGGGCUUUGAACCCGACGUCCAAAAGAUUCUAGAAUACAUCCCAGUGACCAAUCAGAAACCAGACACUGACGAGGCAGAAGACCCAGAGAAAAUGAUGAUGAACUUUGAAUCUGGGAAACACAAAUACAGACAAACGGUCAUGUUCACAGCUACCAUGCCUCCAGCUGUGGAGAGACUGGCCCGUAGCUACCUGAGACGCCCUGCUGUGGUUUACAUCGGCUCUGCUGGCAAGCCCCACGAGAGGGUAGAGCAGAAGGUCCUGCUCAUGUCAGAGGGAGAGAAGAGGAAGAAACUGCUGGAAGUGUUGGCACGUGGCUUCGAACCUCCCAUCAUCAUCUUUGUCAACCAGAAGAAGGGAUGCGAUGUGUUGGCCAAGUCUCUGGAGAAGAUGGGAUACAAUGCUUGCACAUUGCACGGUGGCAAAGGACAGGAGCAGAGAGAGUUUGCGCUCUCCAAUCUGAAAGCAGGAGCAAAAGAUAUUCUGGUGGCCACUGAUGUGGCUGGUCGUGGUAUUGACAUCCAGGAUGUCUCCAUGGUGCUUAACUAUGACAUGGCCAAGAACAUCGAAGACUACAUUCAUCGUAUCGGUCGUACUGGUCGUGCUGGUAAGAGCGGUGUGGCCAUGACCUUCCUUACUAAAGAGGAUUCGUCUGUGUUCUAUGACCUGAAGCAAGCGAUCCUCGAGAGCCCUGUCUCCACCUGCCCCCCGGAGCUUGCCAACCACCCAGACGCCCAGCACAAACCUGGAACAAUCCUCACCAAGAAGAGACGAGAAGAGACCAUUUUCGCCUAAUUGGGUCAAAGUUAAUUCGGUACAUGUUAGAUCUCACAUGGCAAUUCAGGUUAUUUUACUAUGUUUCUUCUGUUUAUCCACACAGCAAUGUGUUGGAACUCUACAUUUUUCUGUUUUACAUAAAGAAUUUGACAUUUCUCUUGUGCAUCCUGAUUCCCUCACUGCCUUUGCUCCACACGGUGCAGUGUCCUUCUCCCAUGAUGUCUAUGAUGUACAUUGCAUCCGGAAAGUAUUCACACCCCUUCACUUUCCCCACAUUUUGUUAUGUUACAGCCUUAUUCCAAAAUGGAUUAAAUUCCUUUUUUUUUCUAAUAUCUACACACAAUACCCCAUAUGACAAA